AUGCUAAUACGUCUACAGAAGUACAAUUAUGAGUUGCGUUACGAACAAGGUAAACGCAUGUUUGUGGUGGACACUUUAUCACGAGCCACACUGCCCGACACAGAACAGGAACAAAAUUUGGAAUCCAUGAUUGGCGAUGAUGCAGCUCGAGCUGUCUCACAUACGAAAUGCUAUUCGAUAGUUUAUCUUAACUGCAGUGCACACGAUAUCGAGGAUUAUUUUGAACGUUUUGAGAUUGGGUGGCUGACUGUGACUGUGACUCGUUCAAAGCCCAAUGAGGAAAAGAAAUCCGCUUUCUUUUUGAAAGCUGCCGGCUAA